AUCGAUUGACAUUGUCGUAAUUCUGAACACUUCCUGUGUUGACGUAAAUUCCAAAAUGGCAGAUGGGAAUCGGUGGGAAGAUCUUAGGAAGCAAGCCAGGCAAUUAGAAAAUGAAAUUGAUUUGAAACUGGUGUCAUUCAGUAAACUUGGAACAAACUACAGCGGAAGUAGAGAAUACCAUGGAAACAGUAUUGAGGAUGCCAGUGAUCAUGAGAAAAGUGACACUGCACCUCUCCUUAACAAAGCCAACAGUGAGCACAUGUUUGAAACCAUGGCCAUGGAAAUAGAGCAAUUACUGGCAAGGUUGACCCAAGUGAAUGACCAGAUGGCAGAAUACACUCAGAACAUCAGUGUGAACUCUCACAACUCUGCCUUGCUCCACACACUCCAGAGACACCGAGAUAUUCUCCAGGAUUACUCUCAUGAGUUCCAAAAGACAAAGGCCAACAUCACGGCGUGUGCUGAGAGAGAGGACCUGCUCGGCUCAGUCAGGCGAGAUAUUGAUGCUUACAAGAAUGCCACCCAGAGGAGAACAGAUCUAUACUUGAAAGAAAAUGAGCACAUAAGAAACUCUGACAGACUUUUAGAUGAGCAGAUCAGCAUUGCCAUGGCAACAAAAGAAAACCUCCAAGGACAGAGAGGGACCUUUAACUCAAUAACACAAAAACUUUCAAAUAUGGGGAAUCGUUUUCCUGUGAUAAAUAGCUUAAUACAGAAGGUGAACUUGAGGAAAAGGAGGGACGCUAUUAUUUUAGGAUUUGUGAUAGGCAUCUGUGUAGUACUGUUACUGAUUUAUGCAUUUCAUUAGAUUUUGGGACAAGUGGAGACAGGAUGGACAUUUCUUACAACUUCUUCAAACGUGGCAUUAGGAGCAUGAUUUAUAAUAUUUAUUAAAAAAACUUAUUUAUUUUGUCCAAAGCAAUGCCUCCAGUGCUGGGAAACUGUAAAAAGGGAUUACUUUACAAAAUAUAGACAUGAACUCACUGAGUGCAUGACAGGGUGUUGGGAAGCUAAGAUACUCCAAAUAAAAAGUCAUGGAAUAAGAAUUUUGGAAGAUUUUAUUGAAGAGUAUUGUAAGCAGUAGCAAAAACUUUCAUUGGUACAUGACUGGUUGAUACUGGUGUCUGUCAUAAACGCUGACAUGAUACCAUGAACACUGAACAAACAUGAAUGCUGACAUGACACCAUGAAAACUGUCAUGGUGCUUUGAACACUGAACAAGCAAGAACAUAAGAACACUCGCGAAUAUUGGCAGGAUGCCAAAAUCGCAGGCGUAAACCAAAGUAUAUUUUCCAGACGAAAUGACAUGACAUUAAAUUGGAUUGAUGGGCACCUUCAUGGUUGUGUUGUUUUGAAGGUGCUAUAGAUAAAAAUCUGCUGUUGUGGUAUGGGUGUAUGACUUUGAUAUUUACUUAUGUAUAUAUGGGUUAAGUAUGUGAAAAUGAUUAUAACAAAAAUAUUUUAUUCCAAAUGCCUUGCUGUUUUUCGUUAUUUUUAAAAUGAGUGUAUGUUUUUAUCAGUUUGAUAAGAAAAGAAACCCGUUAUGUGAAUAGCACCUACAAUAUAUUUCUCAAUAUUGCUGUUAAGGAGGAACUGCAUGAGGUUUUGUUACAAAACCUCAAAAGUCUGUUAUGUGCUUUGUUAAACAAAUGAAACUGUUGCUCACAUGGAGAGGAUGCAGAAGUAGUAUAGAAAUAUAAGGAGGGAAUGUGGCCAUUGUUUUGCUUUGUCCAAUUUUUGAACUAUCAGUUUUGUAUGUACUGAGAUCAGUUGGCUGAUGGUUCUUGAGAUUUCAAUUUCCAGUCUUCACCAAACAUCCCAGUCUUAAAAACAAAUAAUCGACCAGGAAAAUGUCCUCUGUGUAUAGGUGCUGUUUAUUGUCUUAAGUUCCUGCAAAUAAGCGUCAUAUAUGUGACCUCUUACCGGGCUUAUCAUUGUUUGGUAAUUUAGUGCUUAAAGUUGCGUACAGUUUUAGAUUUUUUUACCCAGUUUUAAUGUCCACGCUUAUAGACGUCAUAAUUUGCAAAGCCCUAUCGAUGUUAUCAACGGAUAAAAAAAGUAAUACGCACUUAAGCCAAUAUAAUUAUUCUGAUGGAAAUGGGUCGCAGCCUUUGUACAUGUAUGUUGACUAUUUUGAAUGCAGAACCUUUGCUUUUAUAUAGGGUCGUAUGAAAGUCCGUAUGUGCAAUAGGAACAAAAUACCCAUGGAAGUUCAAAAGUCUUUUUUUUUUAUUAUUAUUAUUAUUACAUUUCGAUAUCUUUUUACAUACAGCAGUUGUUUGAUUUCUGUUAC